UGAAGAAGCGGGGAGAGUAUCAAAAGGGACCGUACCAAUUGUCUGCAAAGAUGUUGACGGGCGUUCUAAAUAUUCUCGUUCAGCAAGCCAACCUUGCAUCCACUAUCUGCAGUGAACUAUUAAACAGUACUGAGCGUAAACAAGCGGAACCACUAUCAAAUGAUGUAACGCAUAUCUUUCAAGACUCUACCUCUGAAACACUAGCUAAUAACGAACGCAGCUUCGGUGCAAAACCUAGUAUAACAAAGGACAUUACUUCUAAAUCUCGACGUGAUACCGUUGAUCCCAGUAGCAAUGCUUGCAGUUCCAAUACAAGCGCACCAAGUUGUAGCAUAUCUGAAAAAGAUUCAGCAGUAAAAAACAAUGUCAGGACGGAAAGUUUUUUUUCAGAAGGAGCAAAAGUGGUUGGUGAUUCAAACAUGACCAUUUCUAAAUGCUCAGGCAAGUCUGACAAAGGCAAAUGUAGCAAAGAACUUUUUGUAAAUCACGAUAAUCUGGACACUAAACAGCAGGUUGUCAGAAAAGAAUCUCAAUCACAACACAGUAAAGAAACCACUUUUUGUGUGCACCAGGAAAAAAGUGUCAAAACUAAAGAUGCCGGAUCGUCCGAAAAAUGUAACAAAAACAGACAUGAACAAAUUAAUGAUAAUCCUACCCAUAGUUUUGUGCAUGAUAAGACACUGGAUAUACCGUGCUCUGAACACGAGAUGGAAAGAAAUAACGUUACAGAUGUUGAUAAAGAUUCUUCCACGCCUGGCACAAGUGAUUUACCAAUUGUUGGUAUGCAAGACAAUGUGAACAAUGUGGUCAUAGAUAAUCCGUUGAUAUUAAGUGAUAUGGUCUUGGUUCGGCAGAAAACACCAGACUUGUCAUCUGAAGGAGUACAACAGGCUAGUCUUGGGACUCAAGUGACUGAGAGCGAACUGGAAACAACAGGAAACAAACUAGACAAGCAAAACAUCAAGAUACCGGACAACCAAUUACAAGAUGUUGUGGAAGAAGACAAACCUUGUACAAAAGGAACAGGACAAAGCAUCAUACACCCAGAUAAGAUCAAAGACAGGGACAGGGAGACAAGGAACUCUACAAACAAGCCAAAGCCGCCAAAAGAAAAGAGAAAUUUGUUUGAUUCGCUUUUCCAGGUUGAGGAGAGCGUCGUGGAGUCACCGUGUAAGUACAGGAAACUUCAGUUCGGUAAGGUCCCACAAUCCCGUACUGAAGAUAGUACACACGUGGACACUCCAGCAAGAGACCACGGUAAAAGUUCCAUAGGAACAAUUAAUACCACUUCUCUAUCAAACCAAAGAUGUAGGGAUGGGGCAAAGUCUAGUAGGCAGGUCAGUGGAAGUACAAAGAAGAGCAAGGCAAGCCAUCAGGUAGCUGUCUUCAAUAAACGAGCAGAGAUUGUAUCGGUAGUAUCGUCAUCAUCAACGCCAACUACAGAAAGCAAGAUGAAAACUUCCGCUUCUGUGAAAUCUUCUUCAAAGAGGUCAUCAUCUGUGCCAUCUGCUCAACAUUACAAAGAUAGGAAGGACGGAAGCAAGUCAAGAAGUAGGUACCACUCAAGUUGUGGCAUUAGUGAAAAAGAUUCAAGUAUCACACAUCGGAGAUCGGGUAGCCAUCACCGUAACAACGGUUCCCAUAGAAAUCAUCCGAGGAGUUCAGACGAGAAAGCUGUAACAGGCCAAAAAGUUCAACGGAGUGAGUCUGUUGUCGUCCAUGGCAACAAGCGUGAUAUAUGUAUACAGACGGAAGCUCAGGUGGUAAAUCAGACACCCAGCAAAAGUAAAGAGAAACGUCAAGUGAAGAAAGGAGACACAAUGUCACAACUCCACACAGCUACGGAGGAUGUGCACUGCUAUGUCAAGGAAAGUAUUACAGAGGAGAAAACAAAAAAGUCAAUAAAAAUGACGAAUUCUAAAGAUGAAAAUAGCGUGAUUGAAGAUCAAUCCAUCUCAAGAAAUAAAGGUACUGAGGGGCAUGAUGUAAAUGGUCAUUUCAUAGAUUCACAAUGCCCAGUAGAAAUGCAACACAGAAGGCAUUGCCCUGAUAAACUUCCCACUGGAUUCCUUCAUGAAUAUUUACGUUUGGAUUCUGAAUCAACAAACUCUAUGAUAGGGAAGACAUGUGACGCCGAAGCACCCAGCCCGAUUAAAUCAAAAAUUGAAAAUUGCAGCGAAGAUUUGUUUGUGCCAGUUUCCUGUUACAGUAACCAUAGAACCACGUCGGUUCUCGAUGUUGAGGAAGAUGCCUACCUUCUUACCCAACAGGAUGAAAUGUACAAGCAGCGAAGCCUAGCAAGGGACGAGGAGAUAUUCAGGUGUCUAUCCUUCUCGGACAGCGACGACGAUGUACCACUAGCUCAAAUUGUUGAAAGUCUGAGGGCGAGCCAGGGCAAAUCAUCUAGUACAGUGGAUGGUGUUAAUGAAUGGGAAGAUGACCAACUGCCGAAUCUGUCUGUUCCCAAUACAUCAAAGUACUGGAAACAGCAUAGUCACCGGCGUUCACGAUGUGACCGACCUGAUCUCAAAACUUAUCUAGAGAUACGCAAUGCAUUGCCAGAUACACCCACUGAUCAGUGUAGCGAGACCCCUGAAAUCACCUGGAGGAAUUCACUGAUGCCUCCUCCACUUGAAGCUGUAAGAAGAUCGAAAUCACGCGAGAAGUCAUCACAAUCAACAUCAACCGACAGCCAAGCUUCGUCAGCAACAGGGACCAUUCCUCCAAGGUCGGAAGACGUAUCGGGGAACCAGUCCUCGGAGAGUGCACAGGAAUCUGACCCGGAACACACCAAUUACUGUGAUGGCGAGGGAGUUAAUGCGGAUAGUGGAGAGCGAGGAGGUUCCAGCAGGAAGAAGAAGCGACAUCGGCGGAAGAAGAGCGAUAAACCCGUGGUCAGUUCUUCCUCAGAAGAGUGCAUUCCGAAAGGACGGAAACGUGGCUUCCAAUGGAGGCAGGAGUGUUUACGAAUACUGGACAGAGUGUACAACCAUGAAUUCAGUGAUCCUUUCCGCCACGAAGUGAAAUCCAAAGAUACUCCCGACUACUACAAAAUCGUGAAGAGAGGCAUGUGUUUUGACAUUAUCGGCUACAAGUUGCGUUGCAACAUUUACGAAGAAUUGCGUGACUUUUUCCUCGAUGUUCGACUUGUAUUCGACAACUGUAGACUGUACCACAAGCCGGAGUCUCCCAUCUAUCAGGCAGGUUUGGUAGUAAAGUGCUUCUUUCGCAAAGUAGCAAAGGAGAUUCUCAUGCCUCGCACUACCGCCAGAUCAAGGCACCCCAGCUGAAAAGACCAUCAGCACCAGGCUGUAUUUCAACCACCAUAUUCAGGAUCAAAAUUGUCAUGCGUCUUUCAUCCGAUUCUAUGGUCACUUCACCCAUGGAAACACACCGAGUGAGGACAAUGUUAGAAUGUCUCGUAAGACGUACUGUUAAAUUAUUGUCGCCAGCAAUUAUUGUCAAGACAAGCUCGGUAUCAACAGGGACGUAUACCUAAUCUACUGCUGCAGACUUUAUAAGUGUUAGAUUUACAAGGAAGUCUUAGAUGCAUGUAGUAUGUAAACUUGUCACCCAACUCCAUGUUAUUAUUGUCUGAUUUAACCGUUGUUGGAUUCACGUUGAAACUCGAUAGAUAUAUAUGUCAACAAUUGUUAGGCUAACUUUUGUCUCUGUUACUACACAUGACAACCUCAGCACGUACAUGUAAGUAUAUAGCUGAGGAAAUUAAAUAGAAAUGUAUAUACCGAGUACCUGUAUAUAUACAUUCAACUGUCGUUACACGUGCAGACUGAAAAGUCCAAUAGUAUCAUAUUGUCAAUUUAAUAAGCUGGACUUCACGGACUUUAAUCACCAGCGAAGUUUUUCUAAAUAAAACUGUUUUGGAUUGAAGGGUACAGCAGAAAUUUCUUUAUGCA